AUGAGAUUCUCUGCCAUAUUUCUCCUUGCAGAAGCAGUUAGCACUGUCGUCAUUAGUUCCAACACCAUUGUGUCUGCAAAUUAUCCCACAGCAGAUAUCACGGUAAAUCUGGGUGUAUUCUAUACCAUUAUCAAUCCAGCGGGUCAAUUUACUGGAUCAUUGAACAUCGCAGGAGAGCUCUUUUUCGUGGCCUCGGGUCAGAUAUCAUCUCCCCCGGGCGUCCUGCUCCAGCUUAGCUCUUUUUCUAACACAGGAACCAUUGUUUUUGAGAAUCUUGUAAAACUCAAUCCUGUUACCAUUAACAUCAAGUCUAAUCUGUUUUCAAACUCUGGAACCAUGUUUAUGGCCGCCGACACUUCAACCUUUGGCGGAUACAGCUAUUCACUCGGAUCCGCUGGAACUUGGCAAAACACAGGAACAAUUCUUGUUGUAGGUUCGUCCUUGGCAUCUACGCCAACUCUUUUUGUCGCAGCUUCAGUUGCCGCAGAAAACUCAGGAGCGAUCUGCUUUAGGAACGCAAGCUUUUUCCCAGGCAACAUGAACGUGAAUAGUGGUGGCUGCAUCAAUUUAGGAGCCGGGGGAUCAAUCACUAUUUCUGAUGGAUUUUUGCUCGAUCAAACCAUCUACAUGUCUGACACAACCUCUACUGUUUCAGUGAGUGUGACCGCCAACCCAUGCAUGUUCUCUAUUGGAGGCUUCACUGGGUCCAACAAAAUCAUUGUUUUCGGAACCAGCCCAACAGUUUUGGCUCGGACUUCUAACCUCAUCACAGCAUUAUAUGUUACUGUCGGUGGUUAUACUUGUUCUUUCUCGCUUCUUGGAUAUUAUCCAGGAAAUUUCGGUUUUCUGGGCAGUAGACUAACUUAUCUGGGAACUGUUCCCACCCUCAACGCUCCAUCGACUUGUUCGUGCCCUGGUUCCAUUCCCUUGUCUCCAAAUGUUGUAGUAACCACGACCGUGUUCUGGACGGGAUCAGUAACAGAAACUGCAACCAGUACCGGGGCUACUCUUGCAACAGAUUUAGUUCUUGUUCAAGUUCCCGUGCCUACCACCACUGUUACCACCACAGUAUUUAAUAUUACUGGGGCUAUCACAACCACCAUCACAGGGCUUACACAAAACACUGUGCUUGUUGAAGAACCUAGUCCUACUACCACCAUCAUUACAACUGUGACAUCUCUCACUGCCACUACCACUACUACAGUUGCCGGUUCUUCUACAGUGACGGUCGUGGUUGAAGUUCCAAUCCCUGUAAGUACAGUCACAUCCACGACAGGUAGUUCGAGUGCAACUACAACUUCAAGUGGCGGGGCAUCUAACACAGUUGUCAGUUCUGUGACUACAUCAUCAGGGUCAAACACUAGCGGAAAUAUUGGCUCGUCUGGUUCUGUUUCUACUUCUACUUCGACUUCAACUUCAACUUCUAGUUCAGGUUCUAGUUCUAGCUUUAGCACUGUCAGUUCCACUUCUUCUCGGAAAUCUGGGGCCGACAAAUCCACAGCUUCUUUAGUUAUGCUUCUCCUUCUGCUACUUGGAGUAUAG